AUGGCGACACAACAAGGCCUCACAAUCUGGCUCACCGGCCUCUCCGCCUCCGGCAAAUCUACCAUCGCCGUCGAGCUUGAACACCAGCUCCUAACCCAGUACAAUGUCGCCGCCUACCGACUGGACGGCGACAACAUCCGCUUCGGCCUCAACAAGGACCUCGGCUUCAGCGAGGCGGACCGCAAUGAGAACAUCCGGCGCAUCGCGGAGUUGCGAAACUGUUCGCGGACAGCAACACCAUCGCCAUCACCUCGUUUAUCUCGCCCUAUCGCAAGGACCGGUUUGUAUAAGAAGGCGCGGGAGGGGGUUAUCAAGGAGUUUACGGGGAUCAGUGCACCGUACGAGGCCCCCGAGAAACCUGAAAUUCAUAUUCGGAGUCAUGAGGUUGGGAUUAAGGAGGCGGUUGCGCAGAUUAUUAAGUAUUUGGAGGGAAAGGGCUAUUUGCCUGAAAGAGCCGUGCAUAAUUAA